AUGCAGCCAGCCAGGGGCACCUGCUGCUCCACCCUCACUUACAUCAUCACAGGGGCCACAGGCUGCAGGCGCCGCCUCUCUGACCUCACCUCAGCCACUGGGGACUCCCCACUGUUCAACACCCCGGCGAUGCACCUCCACCUCAGAGCCUGUGCCUCCCUCUCCGCAGAUGGACCAAAACUCCCUCCCUCCCACCUUCUCAGAGACACCCUGGCCAGCCUGUCUAACCAGCAACCCCUCCCCAGCCCUCCCUCCACACCGGACUCUGCUUUAUUUUCUCUCCGUCUCUGGUUCACUGUCUACGAUAUUUACUUGUGUGUUUGUUCGCUGCCUGUCCCUGAGGGCAGCGACUUCCUCCGCUUCACUGCUGUAUCCCCGGCAUCUAGAGCAGACCACAGCCCUUUUGUGCCUACCAUGCCUUCUCCACCUGUGAGCUCCUCAAAGCCCAGCAUGUCUCCAGCAUCCACUGGACCUUCCAGGCCCACCACGUCUCCCAGGCCUCCUGACUCCUUGAAGACCACCUUAACAGCAAUGCCCAACACCUCCUCAGUGCCUACCAAGCCAUCGACAGCCCCCAACUCGGUCACGAGCCCAAGCAGUUCCAAGUCCACCAGAUCAACAAGUACAAGGACGCCUUCUAACCAGCCCAGCAGUAGGUCCCGGGUCCGGAGCAAGGCCAGAACAGCCAGCAGGGCCAGCACUGAGACCAAGGCCAGCAAGGCCAGUGAGGCAAGACGCCACCGCCAGAAGGGCACACGCAGCCGGGGCAGAACGCCUGGUAGAAGGGGAAGCCGCAACCCCAACAGAUCACCCAGCAGGGCCAGCACUCCCAGCAGGAUGAGAACUCACGGGGCCAGACCAGGUAUGCCCAGCAGAGUGAGAACUCCUACUUCCCAGCAUAAACACCAUGGGGGGAGGAGUCACAGCCGGCCUGGGACCACCAACCAGGAGAGGAAUGACAGUCAGCCUAUAACUUUGAUCAGGGAGAAGAGUUACAGCCCACCAGGGGCCUCAGGUGUGGGAAGCAAUUCCAGAGUGGCUGCCAUCCCCAGCAGGGCAAAGAGUUACAGCCCGACUAGAACUGCCAUCAAGGAGAAGAAUUACAGCCAUUCUCCAUCAUCACCAAGGAGAGUGAAGAGUUACAAUCAGAUGAUCACGUCCAGUACAGAAAGGAGUCACAGCCCGCCUAAGCUGUCUGGCACUGUUAUGAGUUACCAUCAGCCUAGUGCAUGCAGCAGGACCAGAAGUCACAGCCAGUCUAGGACCCCCAGCAGAGCCAGAAGUCACAGUCGGUCUAGGACCCCCAGCAGAACCAGAAGUCACAGCCGAUAG